AUGCCUUCGACUAGGAAGCAAGCUAUUAGCAGACGGCUUGAUACAGCCGCGGGAGAGGGUACCGGUCAGGUGCCUCCAGCCAGAGCAGGCCAAAGUGAGGCUCAGAGUGAGAUGUCGUCUCAUACCUCAUCUACUUCGUCUCCUCUAGAGGAUAUUAGGAGGGACACAUCACCUACAGUUCCUCUGUCUGGGACUACAAACCACGAUAUGCGCAGUGCGGUGCAGUUGUUGACUAGAUUGGUAGCUGCUCAGACUCAAAGGCAAAAUAUUGGUGCUGCUGAUAAACCGGUUAGUGUGAGAGUUCGUGAUUUUAUUAAUCUAGACCCUCCAGUAUUUACAGGAUCAGACCCCAAGGAGGACCCGCAGACUUUUAUUGAGCUGUUCCAUCGUACACUACGGGUUAUGCACGCUAGUGAUACUGAGGCGGUAGAGUUGGCUUCUUAUCGAUUACGGGAUUUAGCGGUUUUUUGUUCGACCUCCAGCACGGGUUUUCAAAAGUCGACAAGUCGUGGUAGAGGUGCAAUGCUGAGUUCGAGUGGUACUCAAAAUCGAAGCUAUGCUUUAGUAGGUCGACAGGAUCUCGAGUCGUCUUCGGGUGUUGUUACAAGUAUAUUAAUUAAUGGGCCAGAGUUGAUUCACCAAGCCAUUGAGAAGGUGAAAGUGAUACAAGACCGACUGAGGACGGCGCAAAGCAAGCAAAAGUCUUAUUCCGAUGUCCGACAUCGUGAUCUGGAGUUUGAGGUUGGUGAUUGGGUUUUUCUGAGGAUCUCACCGAUGAAGGGUGUUAUGCGUUUUGGGAAGAAGGGUAAGUUGAGUCUGCGGUAUAUCGGGCCGUACAAGAUUCUUCGACGAAUUGGACAAGUUGCCUAUGAGUUAGAAUUGCCAUCCGAAUUGGAAUUUUUCCACCCGGUAUUCCGUGUAUCAAUGUUGAGGAAAUGUAUUGGAGACCCUUCUCGGGUUGUCCCUAUCAAUGAUGUAGAAGUUACAGAGGAUCUACCAUUUGAAGAAGUGCCAAUAGCAAUAUUAGAUCGACAAGUCCGCAAGCUGAGAACAAAGAAUGUAGCUUCCGUCAAAAUUGAAGAUAACGAGGAUGCCGGGGGAAUGCAGGACGCAAUGGAAGCUGAAAUGCCUCUAUGA